UCACUCUGUGCUCGGUGCUGACAAGAAGGACGGGGAGGAGCGGCGAAGACGGGCACAUCCAGAGGAGAUACAUACAUAUACAGGGAUCCAAGCAACAAGACACCCCCCCUGCUCCCGGGCACUGACACAGGGAUCCUCUCCUCCUCACGUACACCCACAGGUUUUAAUUAUACUAGCUGCACCUUCCAUCUCUGACAGACCGGGGCGGGGGAAUCAGAGCGACUACCGCACAAACAUGCCAAACCAUAUGCUGUAAUGUCACUGAGUCUGCGGGACGGGAGACACUCAGACACGGAAAUCCUCCACGCACCUCUAUAUAUCUCUAUAUAUAAACAUAUAUAAUUAUAUAUAUAUAUAUAUACACCACAGGGAGCGCGAGAACGCCGCACCGGCUCAGUAUAGCUAGAGAAAAACAGCUGGUGUCACUGAAAUGCUGGCUUCAUGAGAGUGUUGAGAGGCGGAGGACACACAGCAAGCUGCAUCCAGAAAGAGAAGAUCUCUUUGAAGCUCCUUGUAUUUGGUAUCGUCCCUAUUAGUAGGAAAGAAGUCUGAAGGCAAAAGAGGCUCUCAAUGACCCCAAAAUCCCCAUUGAUCUUUGUGCACCUAAUGGAUUGAAGCUUGGGGUGAGGCACAAGGCAGGCUAAGAUAUAGCCUAAUUUUCUUUCUUUUUUUUUUUUUUUUUACUAAACCAAAGAAUAUUUUGGUGUAUUCCACCCGUUCUUUCCAACCUUCCUCGCCAAAGGAGGCAAAAAAAAAAAAAUUUGAGAUUUUGGGAAGGGUAUAUUCAUAAAGCACAAUUUGGCCUCAGCACGAAAAUUGUAUUUUGGUUCUGAGAAAUUGUAAUGGGGGAUUACGGGUUUGGAGUGCUGGUGCAAAAUAAUACUGGGAAUAAGUCAGCUUUUCCAGUCCGGUUUCAUCCACAUCUGCAGCCUCCUCACCAUCAUCAAAACGCAACCACGAGCCCUGCUGCUUUCAUAAAUAACACAGCUGCCAACGGCAGUAACGCUGGGUCAGCUUGGCUCUUUCCUGCUCCGGCUGCCCAUAACAUUCAGGAUGAGAUCCUGGGAUCAGAGAAAUCCAAAUCCCAGCAACAACAACAACAGGAACAGCAAGAGUCCUUAGAAAAACAGCAGCUUUCCCCUAGCCAAAGCCAGGAAACGGGAAUACUACCUGACCCCGAGAAAGUGAAAUCCGAGGAAAACCAGGCAGACAGCUCCUCAGAAAAUGGCAAGGAGAAAAUAAGAAUAGAAUCCCCUGUGUUGACAGGAUUUGAUUAUCAAGACGCGUCAGGGUUGGGGUCCUCAAAUCAGACCCUAACAUCCUCCGCAUCCCCUCUAACUGGUUUCAGCAACUGGUCAGCUGCUAUUGCCCCUUCCUCUUCCACAAUUAUUAAUGAAGAUGCAAGUUUCUUUCACCAGGGUGGUGUCCCCGCUGCUUCAGCAAAUAAUGGUGCUCUGCUGUUCCAGAAUUUCCCUCAUCACGUGAGCCCUGGGUUUGGAGGUAGCUUUUCCCCGCAAAUUGGACCCAUGUCUCAACAUCACCCCCAUCAUCCUCAUUUCCAGCAUCACCAUAACCAACACCAACAGCAAAGGAGGUCUCCUGCCAGUCCACACCCACCGCCAUUCACCCACCGAAAUGCUGCUUUUAACCAACUCCCGCACUUGGCUAAUAAUCUUAAUAAGCCACCUUCACCAUGGAGCAGCUACCAAAGCCCAUCGCCUACACCAUCUUCAUCCUGGAGCCCUGGUGGAAGUGGAUAUGGAGGCUGGGGUGGAUCCCAAGGUAGAGACCACCGCAGAGGACUAAAUGGAGGUAUAACCCCACUGAAUUCCAUCUCGCCCUUAAAGAAGAAUUUUGGAAACAACCACAUCCAGUUGCAGAAGUAUGCUAGGCCCAACUCUGCCUUUGCACCCAAAUCCUGGAUAGAUGACAGCUUGAACCGAGCAGACAACAUAUUUCCUUUUGCGGACCGCACACGGACGUUUGAUAUGCAUUCACUGGAAAGUUCUCUGAUUGACAUAAUGAGAGCAGAGAAUGAUUCACUCAAAGCAAGGACUUAUGGGCGAAGGCGAGGUCAGUCAUCGCUGUUCCCAAUGGAAGAUGGUUUCCUGGAUGACGGUCGGAAUGACCAGACUCUGCACAGUGGCUUGGGGUCACCUCACUGCUUUCCUCAUCCAAAUGGGGAACGAGUUGAACGCUAUUCACGCAAAGUGUUUGUCGGAGGUCUGCCCCCUGACAUUGAUGAAGAUGAAAUCACUGCUAGCUUCCGACGCUUUGGUCCUCUUAUUGUGGAUUGGCCACAUAAGGCAGAAAGCAAAUCUUAUUUCCCCCCAAAAGGUUAUGCAUUCUUGCUUUUCCAAGAUGAAAGCUCCGUUCAGGCUCUGAUUGACGCAUGCAUCGAAGAGGAUGGCAAGCUCUACUUGUGCGUGUCAAGCCCUACCAUUAAAGACAAGCCUGUCCAGAUCCGUCCCUGGAACCUCAGUGACAGCGACUUUGUGAUGGAUGGCUCGCAACCUCUUGACCCACGCAAAACUAUUUUCGUAGGAGGGGUUCCACGACCACUACGAGCUGUGGAAUUAGCGAUGAUAAUGGAUCGUCUGUAUGGAGGAGUAUGCUACGCUGGCAUAGACACGGAUCCUGAGCUAAAAUACCCCAAAGGAGCCGGCCGUGUUGCAUUUUCCAACCAACAGAGUUACAUAGCUGCUAUCAGUGCCCGCUUUGUUCAGCUGCAGCACGGAGAGAUAGAUAAACGGGUGGAAGUGAAGCCAUAUGUCUUGGAUGACCAGCUGUGUGACGAAUGUCAAGGGGCUCGUUGCAGUGGCAAAUUUGCUCCGUUCUUCUGUGCUAACGUUACCUGUCUGCAGUAUUACUGUGAAUAUUGCUGGGCUGCUAUCCAUUCACGCGCUGGCCGGGAGUUCCACAAGCCACUGGUGAAGGAGGGAGGAGAUCGCCCAAGGCAUAUUUCAUUCCGCUGGAACUGAGCAGCUCCGUUGCUUAGCUCGCCUUGCAAGCAUCCAAAUAAGUGCACUCUUCUGUUCUCCCUCCCUUCUACCAUCCUUAGGAACGCAUGUCCCUUUGUCGUAGUCUGUAUUUUAACAAUAGUAUAACGAAAGAAUGACCUACACAUAGGUAUUUUGUAGAGUCUUGUGUCAUUGAGAACUGUAUUAGAACGCCUUUUUUUGUUCAUAAUGUCACUCUGAUGCAUGCAAGUUUCAUGCUGUCCUUACUGAAAACCAAGGGAGCAGGGAGACUGCAACAAUUAAUAUAUAAUUUUUUUAAAUUUUUUAUUUUGACUCAGAGGAGAGGUGAAGAUAAGAAAUCUUAUUGCCCUAGAGAAAGCAAAUGAGUAUUUUUUUUAUUAAAUUAUUAAAUAAAUAUAAUACUGUUUAAUGUAACCAUGCAACCACAAUAACACUAUUGGUCUGUUUGACACAGCUUAUUUUUUACUUAGGGAGAUUUUAUUUUUAUUUUGUUCCUUUUUUAAUUUUCUAUUUAUUAUUGUUUCUAUUGUGUGUUUUGUUUUUUUCUUUCUUAUACAUAAUUGGAAGAAUUUGCAUUUGCCUGUAUAAAAAAAACAAAAAAAAGAAGAUGGAAAAAAAAAAUUGCAGAACGCAAAUGUACUUAUUGGGAGGAAAUUCAAAAUAUAAAAUAAAAUGGCAAAUGCCUCCAAUAUUUACCUAUGUUUUUUUAAAUUUAUAUUUUUUUAUAUCCUUGAAUUGACAUCUACAGAACUGGCUAAAAUCUCCUUUGAGCUUUUGAGUAUUUUAACAGUAAUCUAUUUGCAUUUAAGCUUUUAAGAGAAUGUAAAUGCUGCGUGACGUUACUACUGAGGGGAGUGCACUUAUUUAUUUUUUCAGAAAUAAAAAGAAAAAAAUUAUAUAUAAUCUUAAAAAAUAAUUAAAGUGAAUAUCCUAAAACAAGUCAAAGCUCCAACCCUAAACUCCUACCAAAGCAAAAAUAAA